AUGGCGGCGCAAGAGAAGAACCAGGCCGAGUUGGAGAAGGCAUCCAGGCUGGCAAAUGUUCCCCACUGUGAACAAUAUGAGAGAAUGAUCUCAGGCAUGCUAUACGAUUCACUUAUCCCCAAGCUCACAAAUGCUCGUCUCGCGGCUCGAAAGGCCAUGAACGAAUACAACACCUGGUUCCCCGAAGGGAACGACUUUAACAUCGAGAACAUCACAAAAAAACGAGCUGAAAUGCUCAAAUCAUUUCUCGGGCACGUGGAGGAUGACGAAGUCUUCAUCGAGCCACCAUUCAGGGUCGAUUACGGCCCCAAUAUGUCAGUCGGAAAGAGAUUCUACGCUAAUUUUAACCUGACCGUCUUGGAUUCGGCCAUUGUUACGAUUGGCGAUAGGGUUAUGAUUGGUCCAAACGUUAUGAUUUCGACGGCGACACAUGAAACGGAGGUCGCAAGUCGAAGGGCCUGCAUUGAGUAUGCGUACCCUAUCAAUAUUGGCGAUGACUGUUGGAUUGGGGGCGGUGUUACUAUUUUGCCUGGCGUGACGAUUGGGGAGGGAUGUACAAUAGGCGCCGGAUCAAUCGUGACGCGCGAUAUACCCGCCUGGAGCGUGGCUGUGGGAUCUCCUGCAAGGGUUGUCAAAAAGGUGCAGCCGCUGGGAGAGUUCGACGAAUCGAAUGGCGUUUGA